CUCCUCUAGAUACCCUGAUCCCUCCACUCCAACUCCACAUCCACACACUCCUUUCUUCUCUUCAAACAUUCGUUUCGACAUUCCUCCUCUUCUGAAGCCUCUUUGGUCAAGUUGCAUACCUUCUAGCAAACGUCAGUACACCACUGCAUUCUCAUCACACCAUGGGUGGGGAUGCAAGUGUAGUCUCUUCUUCAAUACUGCCUCAUGCUUCACUCGCCCAUGACCAGGGACCUCUUCAUCUUGCUAUCGUUGUCACUCUCGUCUUGAUCGCGCUCGUCAUCUACUCAUUAAGGGUGUUUACACGUGCAAGGCUACUUCACUCAUUUGGCUUUGAUGAUGGACUCAUGUUUCUGGCUGCGCUGUGCGCAGUAGGUGUUUUCGUUACAUUUACUGGAUUAGUGGAGAUAGGUCUCGGACGAGAAGAUCGAGACACUGCGUCUCUAGUUGAAAGCGAACGGUUGGGUCCAUGGAUUUGGGCACUAAAAUCAGCCUAUAUCUUCGGGCUUGGGCUGGUAAAGCUGUCAGCCGCCUUCACGCUCUUGCCCGUAUCUAAUUCUAGAUUCCACGCCUAUGUAUACAUCUGCCGCGGAGUCCUAAUCAUUGGAAUCAUGUUCUUGAUAUUUUGGCACACACUUGAAUGGUUCAUUUCAAUUCUCAUUCAUUGCAUGCCUCUUGUAGCGGCUUGGGACUUCUCAUACGGCGGGAACGCAAAAUGCAUGUCGCGAAUUGAAUCUCAGCAUUGGGCUAUGGCAAAUUAUAUAACCAAUGCAACUUCCAGUCUCUUACUGGUUGUACUCGCGGUCCCUACCAUCUUCGGCUCAUCUUUCAAAAUCGGUGUUAAAGUAUACCUCGCACUAACAACUGUGUUGGCGCUUUUUUCAUGCACUAUUGCCAUAAUUCGAAGCCGAAUGGUCGUUGUUUCCUGGGCUGAAGUAGGGGAUCGAGGCAGAUACGACUUGUCCUUCAUGACCUGGGGCACCGUCGAACUUACAACAGCCAUGAUAGCCGUGAAUCUUGGUACCUUGAUACCUCUUGGUGGAGCCAUCAAAACACCAACAACAGAGCCUCCGACUCGGCGCUCUCCCCCCAAAAUCUCCGGUCCGGUAGCGGGAAGCGCUGUCCACGUAUCCCAUGGCGAUGUCGACUCCAUCUUCAAUGCCGAGCCCAGUGCCUCCUCCGAAUCAAAGCAGCGCAACAGUCAGUACUCUGGCCAAACAAUCAUGUAUCGCCCCAACACUGCAUACUUCCCCGCAAGUUACACCCAUCCCGGUCUUACGCGCUUCCACGACGACGAAUCGAACCUAGAUUUCGACAUUGAAACCCCCUCUACCCGGUCGACGCGCAAACUGAGAAAACCAUUCCCGCCUUCACGCUUCUCUGGAUCGACGACAUAUACGGUUGACACGCGCCGAAUAAGUAAUUGGUCGCAACUAAGUGGAUUCACAUACUACUCGCAUGCAUCGUCACCUGAGUUCAGCAACCCACAAGAGAGCACGAACAGGAUGUCAGUUGGUCCAAAGGAGUUGGACGAAUUUAAUAUGCACUCCGAGAGAGAUUCAGGGAGCGCGAGCAGUGCAGGCGAUGAAAACCAAGAAAUUCGUGUUGUUUCUGACGAAGAGAGAAGAAGCGGGGGGUUUCCAACUAUCUUCCUGGAAGACGACGUGAGGCACGUAUACAGCCCCAGGUGUUAACAAGUUGAGAAAGAAGACGGAUUUGAGACAUGCGCCGGGUUUUCUUAGAAGACACAGUCGAGUCCGCAAAACACUCCAUGCGAUUAGCGAUAGUGGACAGUGACCCAACACCCAGGCGAGGGUGACUUACGUGCGAUAACUGCAUUCCUUUGUUUUCCUUUGUCAACAUCAGAAUCGACAUCAUCGGAACAUUUUUCCUUACUUUGUGCAAAAGCGCCAACAUAUUAGAGCCCUACUCAUUCACGCGAAUAUCUCCUAUUACCAUUCUUACCAAGCUCCCUUAGUAUAUCAUUAGCGCUGGAAUGUUUAGUAUUAGAACGAAUAAGAAACAG